AUGGAUACCGCAGAGCGACAGCUGCCAUCAGUUUCCUCCUUGUUGCAAUGGGCUCGAAGUGAGAACCAAAAUGCAGCGCAGAGGAACUUUCCUCUUUCGUUUCACCUCAGGGGAGACGUGAAGGUGCAGCAGCAGUCUCUACUAGGAGGAGAGGGGGAGUGGAGGGGCCUGCCGCUUCCCGAGAGCGUCAUAGAUCAGGCGAUGCAGGAGCUCCCCCAGGGAUCGCGCGUCGCUCUUCAUUCUUGCAUCUUUGCUUAUAAGGAACGAAGACUGUCCGACACGGACUUUCUUCACUUCGCCAAGUCGCUGUCAAGCCCUGACCCUUGUCGAUGCUCCAGUCAGAGCAUGUCCCUCAUGUCAGCGCUCAACCCACAGCUGCUGGGGCAGCCAGCCAUGGGCUUCUUGCAUCGUGGGUUUGAUCCUCGCCUGACCCUGACCUCUCAACCUCCGCCUCUUCCUCCUCCUCACGCUCUUUCCCCCCACUCCCUCGUGCCAGCGGUCAGCGGCUACUGUCCUGAUGCCGCGGAGAGCGUUUACCCAGCAAAGAGGCAGAGGGUCGGAGAACAGCAGGUAGUUGUGGAGGGAGCUAUUAGGAGUCUGCUGCAGCAGGAGGAGCACGGAGUGGCUUGGAAGAGACCAGCUUUCCCCCUCAACUUGAAUCUUUCCUCGCUCCCCAUGCAGCUGCUCGCAGAGAACGCGCAGGUUUCCAUGCAGUCCAACUCCUCCUCUUCCUCCUCCACCUCGCCCGGAAGUCUAUCGGGGGUUAUCACCCCCACCAGCAAAAUCCUUGCUCUGCGUCAGAUUGUGACAGCAAAGGAGGAGGAGCCGAGGGAGGCUGGGGAGGAAGAGAUUGAGGACAAACUCAAAAAGCUCGGGGAACUGGCAUCGAGCAUGUCAGCCAGCAAGGAACCUCCGAGCAAGCCUGCGGAAGGGAAGGAGGAGGCGGAGGGGAAGGAGCUAGGGAAGGAGGCGAGGGAGGAGCGGGUGAUCAAGACUGGGGUCGAGGCUCCUCUACUUAGCAUGUGGGUCGGAGGCUCCCAUCUCGUGGAGAGCUUUGGGUCCGAGGAGAACAGCGCGCACAACAAGUACUGUCACUUCUGCCAGCAUAUCAAGGUCAAACGCGCCUCGUCCAUGCUGGCGUGCGAGAACCGUGGAUGCAACCGACGCUUCUGCGAGCAUUGCCUCAACACCCACAUCGCUGACCCGAGCUCGACAGUGGAGUGGAGGAGGAGGGGGAUCCCCUGGCACUGCCCCAUCUGCAGGAAGACCUGCUGCUGUGCCAUGCGGGAGUGCGGGAAGUCACAUCGACAUUGCAAGGCUUACAGGUAUAGGAGGAAGCGAGCUCAACAAGCCGAAGUCGAUACCUCUCCAACUCCUGAGCUACCCUCCAUGCAGCCAUCCAUCCCCAGCACCUCAUAA